UUUUUGUCACUUUGAUGGACAAUUGGACAGUGAAUUUAGGAUUGUGCUUCAGUUUUAACAAAUAUGAUUUUUUUGGAAAUAUUAUAGUCGAAACGUUUAAUUUAUAAUUUGCUAAACAAAAUUAUUAAUGUUUCAUUAUAUUUAUAGUUAGAACGUGCUUAUUUAUUGUUUCUCAUUUGUGUGUAAAGGCAAAAUCCAGUCUGUCUAUGUGAGGUUUACGAUCACGUAUUUGUGGACGUAUAUUGUGUUAUUAACUGUAAUGCUCUGAUAUUUUGACUGUGAACAAGUGCUAAGAUGGAUAUUGAUGUCAGUAAGGAGAAUAUUCAGCCUCUGAGAGGCGGUAGAAAUCUCGUGCAGCUUGGUACUGCACUGCAAGCUCAGUCAGAUGUUGAUGCCCAGCGACAGCUUCAGUUGCAAAAAGAGGAACACGAAAAUGCUAUUAGACAUUAUCAAGGGCCUGAUCCUUUAGAUCCUUGGUUUAACUACAUACAAUGGGUUGAACAGUCUUAUCCCAAACAUGGACAUGAAGGUAAUAUUGAUAAAUUAAUAAAAGACUGUUUGCAGUUGUUUGAAAAAGAUGAAAGAUAUUUUCAAGACCGGAGACUUGUAAAAUUAUGGAUUAAAUAUGUUGAUUGUCUCUCAAAUCCACUGGAAAUAUAUCAAAGGCUUUACAAUACUGGGAUUGGUGUGGAAUGCUCAGAGUUUUACAGAGCAUGGGCUUGCUACAGUGAGGAGUCUGGAGAUUAUAAGAAAGCAAACCAAGUGUACAUGUUGGGUCUUCAGGCAAAAGCGCAACCAUUAGAUGAACUUGAACAAGCACAUAUGAACUUCCAACUGUUUUUUGCUCAAAGGAUGUUACACGAUGAUUCCCCUACUAAGAGAAAGGCAGCUUCAGCUUUGGCAGAGACCAGAUUGGCUUUAACAUCCUUGAAAUCUUUUAAAAGACGGAAUAUUGCCAAUGUGCCAGUACAAAGAGUGGGUGAUAGCAUAAAACAUGUGGUACCUGGUGUUGUAAGACAACAACCUGCAGAUAGUAGACUUCCUAACUCUAAUAUCAUGAUUAAUGUGUAUGAGGAUGCCCCUUCAACUUCAAGGGGAGCGAUUCCAGUGGCAGAGGACCCAGGACCCGCAUCACUAGUGCAAGCCUGCAGUAAUAUUGAGAAUCAGAGAGAAGUUGGUAUAUGGACGAACCCUAAGACUAAGAUGGUACAUACAAAUGUUGUACCACAUCAGCAACUGCCUUUUACACCAUAUGAAGAUGACAAUGAUGAAUUAAAACUUUCUGGAAAUCAUUUGCCCUACUGUAUGGACGAUUUGAGAUUUAAUGUGCCUCUGUGUGUACCUGACCCAGUUGAUCCCACAAAAAUACCCUGUUAUAAUAAAACCCAGGUAUAUGUUAAUGAUAAAGAAUAUAGUUUAGAAGAGAUCCGAGCUAGAAAAUUUCAUGUACAAAAAGAGAUUAAAACAGAGGCUAUUGAAAUUAAAGAAACCUAUAAAAGUAUUAAUGAGACCCUUGCACAAUGUAGUGCUCUGGAGACACUUGCCAACUGCGCUCUAGACACAGAACAUGACCAUAUGGCCCAACUAAUGCCAUUGACAAUGCCCACUUUACAUAAUGUAACUAAAGUUACAAAUAUGCAUUCUCCUGGUGAACCUAAACUAUUAGUGAAUUUAGAUUCAAAAGAAGUUAGCAUUAAGAAAAAUGACGAAAACGAAAGAAGUGUUAUGAUUGACAAAGAAAAUCAAAUGGCACCACAAACUAAUACCUAUAACGAAAAUGGCUACGCCAAAAACAACUUGAUGGAAGAGUUUAAUAGAAGUUUGAUGAGUAAUCUUCUCGGUGAUUCUGUUACUGUGAACACAAAAGAAGCUCGAUGGGAACUGAGAAAUAUAUUUAAUGAUAAUGCGGAGCCAUCUAUGGUUCAGCCAGUAGCUGUUCAACAAUUUGAAGUUCCCAAAUUUGACAUACAUGAAGAUAGAUCUAUGACUAUGGCUAUCAAUGUAAAGAAAAAUUAUGAAAUAGAUCCUAGAAACUUUCCUGAAGACAAAGAGAAUGCAAAUAAGUUCAGUGUCCCUCCUGUGGUACCAACACAUCAGGUUAACAAAACAGCUUAUUAUGAAGAACCUUCGUGUACACAAGUGUUUAAUUUCAAUAUAAAAGAUGCAAGCACGCCAAAUAUGUCUCAAUUUAAGAAACCUACUAGUUGUAUUGAUCAGUCCAGUAAAUAUGCUUCUGUACCAAAGUUUGCUAUAGAUGAGAGUGUCAUAGAACACUCCGAUCAUGCGGGAAUCAAAAGGGAAGAAUGUGUUAGACAGGCGACGGAUCAACACGCCACAGAUAACCAUGGCGCAGGCCUCUCUGUUAUAAUGGAAGCGACCCGGGAGUACACCAGUAAAUCAGGCUCGAGUUCCUCAGGACAAUCAACAAGAACAAAUUUUACAGGGUACACAACUAACUACGACUCGAUGUAUAAUAAUCAAAAUGAUCCCAACCUACAGAACACUGCCGCUAAAAGAAAUUCAAUUUCCAGUCAAUCGAGACUUCCCAAUGGCCAAUUCGCUAGAAACUAUCAGAAGCGUGAUCAAGUUGAAAUUAAAGGGGCGCUUCCGCCGCCCUCAGUGCCUUAUCAUUCCCACGAUCAUCAAUAUCAAAAACCUGUUCCGCAAAACUAUAGCGGCUAUUCUCCUCAAAGGUCAAUACAUCCCCACUACCAGCAAGGUUACGGUUAUCAACAAUCUUAUUCUAACAACCACUUAAUGAAUCAACCGCCAGCUCAAGGUUUUGGAAGUCCAAACCCGAAUCCCUACCAUAGUCCCCAACACCCUGGUGUGAAUACCCACGAUAUGAAUCCAUCAGUACCAGUAGGGUUUCAAAGUCCCACAUAUUCAAAUCAAAUGGUAUACCAGCAUUCGCCGGUAGCCAGUCCCGCUCAUCCUAUGAUGAGUCCGCAACCGAAUUACAAUCGCCAGGAGUUCCACUACCCUAGUCCAGCCGAUCGUCAUGUCUAUCCUAACCAACAGCAACACCAACCCACUGCAGUAUUCCAAAGCCCUCCACACCAACCUCAAUACUCAAACGCACUCUAUUAUCAGAGACCCAGUCAAGUGACUGCUCCUAAUCAAGCAUAUGGACAACUAAAUUAUAACACUCAAAACCAAUAUAAUAGCCCAAAUAUGUAUUCGAAUACGAACCAGCAUGCGGAAAGUGUAAAUUAUAACGCCGUACAAAAUUCUUAUCGCCAGCCUGCUAAAGUAAUAGAAAACAACCAAUCGUCAUACGGAAUGUCUAACAAUCAACCGUUCCAAAUAUACCAAAGUCCUCAACCCCCUCAAAAUAAUUACCGUAAUACAGUACAAGAACCUGCUAUGGUACAAAAUACCUAUUCUGAUCCUCAAGUUAAACAAGAACCUUCAGAAUUGAAAAGUCCAGAAAGAACUGAGAGUGAUAAACAUGCAAAUAACAGUAACAACGUUCAGUAUAAAAAUCCAGCAUUACAUAAGAGUCCUAAUAGUUCAGUGCUAAGAACUGUCAGGCAUGAACAACCAAACGUUAAACUUAGUCAGAAAUCUCCAGAUAUUGGAUUUUCAAAUCAAUUUUUGAACUUCAUAUCCAACAGAAAUGAACCGAAAGACAAUGCAAAUACACCUAAAUUUACGAAUAGUCCAAACAUAUCGCAAAAAAUGCAUAAGAAUUUGUAUGUAUCGAGUCCUGAGCAAGCUCAAGUCCCACCAACGUCUGGCCUGUCCGAUACAGACAGUAAAGACGGCAUGACGGCUCAAACUGCUACACCAAUACAGUCUGCUAAAAUAUCUCAUGCUGUCGAAAAACACAAGGAUAUUUCUAAACGACAGUUGGAUUUCGAACACCGUGUAGAUAUCCAGUCUGAAGACAGCAGGGAUUCUGUAGGCAAGGACAGUAGAAUCUCUUCAAUUUACUCUCGCCAAUCGGACUUCCAAUCUGAUGGUUACGGAAUGGAUGUGGAUAGCGAAAACUCAAUGGAGUGUAGUUUUAAGGUCACUCACUCAAUUUCUUUGGUAGAAACCAGUGACAUACCUAAACCAGCUGAUAUUGAAUUCCCAAAAGUGAUUGAUCCGUUUAACAAAAAGAUUUUAGCCUCUUUACUUGAAUAUGUCAAGUUUCCUAACAAAACUCAUGCAGAUGGCUACAUGGAAGUAAGAUCCAUUCCAAAAAUACAAACAGCUUCAGUUAUGAAUGUAGGACAUACCAAAUUCUCUAUAGAAAAACAACUUGGCAAAGGAAAUUAUGGAGCAGUAUUCUUGUCAUUGGACCUGAAUAGUAACAAGACUGUAGCUCUAAAGUACCAAAAACCAAGCCGGCCAUGGGAGUUCUACAUUUGUCAAGAAAUAAAAGCGAGAAUUAAGGAUCCAUUCAUGCUUCCAGGAUACAUGGACAUAACAACAGCAUUUCUGGGAGAUAAUGCAAGUUUAUUUGUAUCUGAAUAUUCGAAAUAUGGAUCUUUAUUGGACGUCGCAAACAAAGUUAGAGUUGCCACUUCAAAAUGCAUAAAUGAGUUUAUUGUCAUUCUAUUGACAUCAGAAAUGCUCUCAAUAGUACAUUACUUGCAUAAAGCUCAAAUUAUCCAUGCUGAUAUUAAGCCAGACAACUUUUUAUUGAUGAAGAUCCCAACUCAAGAAUGGAGGACACCAUCUUUGCAGUUGAUUGAUUUAGGAUGUGCAAUCGAUAUGUCAUUAUUUCCUGAAGGAACGACGUUUAGAGAAUUAAUUGCAACUGAAGGAUUCACAUGUACAGAAAUGAGGGAAGGGAAGCCUUGGACAUACCAGACAGACUUAUACUGUCUUGCUGGUACAAUUUUCGUUAUUUUGAUGGGCAACUACAUGAAGGUGACUAACCGUCUUGGACAAUGGAAUAUUGACAAAAAAUUGCCCAGGUACAUGAAAAAUAGCUUAUGGGACAAAAUAUUUACUACUCUUCUAAAUGUGCCAGAUUGCAACAACUUACCCGACCUCAUGGAUUUAAAAUCUGAAGUUGACAGUGUCUUGAAUGGAAUAGACAGUCUCAGUUCACAGCUCCGUAACUUUGCGAAUGUGCUUAAGUCUAGGUAAAUAAAAAAGCCCAGCUGUAUUUAUUGCAUUUAGAUGUAUUGACUGUAAAGAAUUUGUUUGUAUUAAUAUAAUACUUAAGUUUGAUGAAUUUCAGUAGUCUUAACAAGUUGGUACCUACAUCUAUGAAAGAACCUAUUGAAUAUCAAAUUCUACACUUUUAAGGUUAUCUUGUUGUGUUUAAUUAAAAAUGUGAUAUGUAAUUUAGCUUUUUGUUAGUAAACCGUGGCUUAGAUAUCUUGUUAGCUUAAUGUUGAAACAACAUUUAGGUUUCAUUUAUUUUUGUACAACUUAUAAGACUUGCACUACAUAUUUUUUUCUGUUUUAACUGUAAUUAAAAUAAACAAUUACUUGGUUA